UCUUGGCGCUUUCAAAAUAACAUUGUUUGCCAGAAAUGGAGGUAAAUACAUACAACAUUCAAGUGCUUCUGCAGGCAGCUGAGUAUUUGGAGCGGAGGGAAAGAGAGGCCGAGCACGGUUAUGCCUCAGUGCUUCCAUUCUACAGUAAAGGAGUUACAGAUAAGAGAAAAAAGCAGAAAUCAAAGAGUCAUUCGCCUGGGAGCAGCAGGUCUGUUCACAAUGAGUUGGAGAAACACAGGAGAGCUCAGUUAAAACAUUGUUUGGAGCAGCUGAAGCGGCAGGUUCCUCUGUCCUCGGAUUCAGCUAGAAACACAACCCUCAAUCUGCUCAGACAAGCACAGCUGCACAUCAAGAAGCUGCAGGAACAGGACGAGCGUGCAGAGCUGCUGAAGGAUCGUCUGCGCUGGGAGCAGAGAGAACUGCGCACGCGGCUGGAGAAACUGCAGGGCGGUUCAGAGAGGAUGCGUAACGACAGCCUUGGCUCAGCUGUGUCCUCCGAGAGAUCCGACUCUGAGAGAGAGGACAUUGAGAUUGAUGUGGAGAGCAUGGUGUGGACUCUGGAGUCAGAUGGUCUGGGCUCAUCGCAUGCUGGGGUGGACCACAGCUACUCUACCUCUGUUCACACCUGGUUAUGACCGUCACAGAUCUACAGACAUUACAGAACGGUAUGAAGUGGAUGGGGGACUCUGCAAACGUUUGAUGGGCUUUACCAUCAUCACAGAACAGCCUUAUGUUGCUGCCACUCUGAAACCAUCAGCCACAAACAACAACUAAGCAUGACUGGAAUUUAUUUUGUGUAGUGUAUUCUCUACACUAAUGGCAUUAUGGUGCUCUAGUACAGGGGUUUUUAACCUGUGGGGCGCGCCCAAAGACGUUCCCUUGAGAAUUAAUGAAUAUGAGUUAACAAAUCUUUAGCCAUCCACUAGGGGGCAAUCUGACUCCCACUGCUAGUCG